CGUCUGAACGACAAGCGACUCUUACGGAGGAGAUAGUGGCUAUCCGCUUAAACAACAACAACAACUAAUAUUACGAUUUAUCCGGAGAGUCGUCAAACUACAGCGAUCGAAACGUGGGGGGGAACGAGGGAUUUUAUCCGCAAGUUUUUUUCUUUUCCAUUUUUUUUUCUUUUCAUAAAGAAGGAUUGUGUGUUGGCUUGUUUGCAUUCGCGACGCAAAGAUGAUGGUCGGGGAGAUCGAAGUGAAGGAGAGACCGAGGCCGAGUCCCGACUAUUUGAUGCAGUUACUGAACGAGAAGAAGCUCAUGACGAGUUUGCCCAACCUGUGCGGUAUCUUUACACACCUCGAACGGCUUCUUGAUGAAGAGAUCAACAGAGUGCGUAAGGACAUGUAUAAUGACACAGUGAACGGGAUGACCGAUAAGCACCCGCUGGAGCUGCCUGACCCCAUGGGCCCCAUUGUCCACCUGCAGGAGAAACUCUUUGUGCCCGUCAAAGAAUACCCCGAUUAUAACUUUGUGGGCAGGAUCCUGGGUCCUCGUGGCUUGACAGCCAAGCAACUGGAAGCGGAGACCGGCUGCAAGAUCAUGGUGCGGGGCAAGAGCUCCAUGAGGGACAAGAAGAAGGAGGAGCAGAACAGAGGCAAGCCUAACUGGGAGCACCUGAACGAGGAUCUGCAUGUGCUCAUCACAGUGGAGGACACACAGACUCGCGCCGAGAUCAAGAUGAGGAGAGCCGUCGAGGAGGUCAAGAAGCUCCUGGUGCCCGCGGCUGAAGGGGAGGACAACCUGAAGAAGAUGCAGCUGAUGGAGCUGGCUAUUCUUAACGGAACAUACAGAGACACCAACAUCAAAACACCUCCCCUUGCAUUCUCUCUUGCAGCGGCAGCUGCAGCGGCCCAGGGCCCUCGCCUCAUCGCGGCGCCCCCAGGCCAGGUGCUGCCUCCAUCAGCCCUGCGUCCUCCGCCUUCACCAGCCGGUGCCCCCCCCAUCAUGAACAUCAUCCGGCCCACACAGAUGACAGCAGCCAUGCUGCCUAACGGCACCCCGACCCUGGUGCCCCCUGGGCCUGAUGCAGGCAUCAUCUACACCACCUCCCCCUACGACUACCCGUACACGCUGGCGCCCACCUCACUGCUGGAGUACCCCAUGGAGCCUGGCGGCGUGCUAGGUAAGCGGCCGUGGGGGCUGGGCUUUGGCUUUGGGGCGCCAGGGGCCUUCCCUGCUCAUCAGCAGGACGGCGGUCUCCUGUACACGGGCGGGGCGGGCCUGCUGGACGUUGCGGGGGUCAGUGCCCAGCAGGAGGCACUCAAAGGUGCAAUGGCAACUAAAGUGAGACGGCAUGAUACGCGAGUCCAUCCUUACCAAAGGAUUGUGACCGCUGACAGAGCCGCCACCGGCAACUAACACAUGACCUCUGAACUCUUCACCCAAUGACGAGCCGCCCUGCCCCAAGCCCCGCCCCAAGCCUGCCUGCUGACGUGUUAACUGGUAAUUGCCUUUGUUGCUAGCCUCUCGGAUGCUGGGAGGGAAGGCGCCUGCCCGUACAGUUAUCCUAACAUUGUUUCUGUUUUUAUUUUUUUAUCAUUAAAUUUUUGUAUGUAAAGAAACACAAAAGACUACCAACAAUCCAGAUUAUAACAACAACCACAACACUACACAAUCCAGCUCUAUGGUUGUGUAAUUUAUUUUGCUUUUGACUCUUUUUUCUGUUCUGUUUGGUUGUGUUUGAAUCACCCUUAUUUUGUUACGUUUUUUUUGUGCGGGGUUCUUUCUUUUUCUUUUGGAAAUCAUUGAAAAUUGGGUGGACGCAUGCACGGUUCCCCAAGAAUCUGCACUGAAUUAUAAGCAAUAAAGCAUCCCGUCCCCAUGUGUCCUAGACUGGACACAUAAUUAGAGACACACACUUAUUAUACACAGAAACAGUUGCAUCUUAAAUCCUGAUUGGUGACCUCACUCACACAUUACUUGGUUGAAGCUGAAGGGGGAGGCUCUAUUACAGUAAACAUGAUCUCAUCCAGAAUUUUCAUGUGAAAUCCACAGAACGAUCCACCCCUCACCUCUCUCUCUCUUUUAAGAGGUCUGAAAGAGAGACAAAAAAAACACAAAAGAAAAAGAAAAAGAAGGAAGGAACUCACACUCACGCCAAAUCUGUUCAUUUCUGUUCCCUUUGAUUUUCCCUCUUCUGUAUUGUUUUUAUUCUAUUUCUUUUUUUUUUUUUUUUUCAUUACUUCCCCCUUCCAGACAUUUAUUGAUAAUGUGCUGACACGUACUGGGUGUGCCUUUGAACAGCUGUUUUUUGUUUCGUUUUUGUUUUGUUCUAAGAAAGCAUGGCUAUAUUGAUGGACUGCAAAUGGAGCUUCUCACAUUUUCUUUUUAUUUUCCUCUGGUUUUCUUUUGUUUGACUUGAUUCCUCAUUUUAUUUUGUUCCAUUCAUUUCUUCAUGGUCACUGACACUGACCUCACUGACAGUUGCAGCUAGGCAGUGUAAGAGCAGGAGAAUGAAAGCAUUGAGAACAGACUUCCCUUUGAGGAGUGGAUGGGUUAACAAAGUGGCUGGGAAGAGGUUAACUCUUGGGUUUUCUUUUGUGUGAAGGCGGAGAGGCCAGGGUCAAGAUCUGUCUACAGCCAUUUUGAGUGAGGCAGGAGAAGUUUGAGCUGUGCAUGAGAGAGUAGAUGAUGUAGCUAAUAACACUUCCUCCUAAUCUUGGCCCCAUAAUCAGUGCCUGAUCUAAUAGAUGAAAUAAGUAAUAAUAAUAAUAAUUUAAAAAAACCAUCCGCAAGAAAAGUAUUGUGUGCGUAUAUAGCCAAAGGGUUUCCAGUUUAUAAAUAUACGUAAAUGCAUAUAGGAGGUUGUUUCUACAACUUCUUGAUAGUCAGUCCCAAACUAAAGGCAGAUGAAAAUCUGGUUUACCAUCAGGAUGAGUAUAGAUUACUGAACACUAAACAAGACUGUUAAUAUGCAGGGUGCGAUGGGGUGGGAUAAGGGAUUUGGGAGGCACUGCCCGACAAGUGAUUUGUACAUAACAUAACUUUUCUUUUUUUUCCUGAAUUUCCCCCUAUAUUUGUUGCUAUUUCACAUCUUGCCAAAAUGAUGAAGUCAAAAUAUCAUCUCUUUGAGUUGCAUGUUACCAUCAAAGCUUGAUUUAAGGUUGUUGAAGGGAAGCUUAAACUGCAUCCUUGAGACAUUUCCAAUCAAAGUAUUUCUCCUUUUUCUUUUCUUUUUCUUUUUCUUUUAACUAAUCUCUGCUCUCACUCACUGUAGAGGGCUAUUUCUAUACCCCUUUCCCAGCAUGCACCACUCCGUUUGUCCUGAGCUACCCCAUCCAUAAUGUGUCUCGCACACCUCAGCGCACCAGUACUUAAGCUACUGUGCCCUCCCAUGUUACGUUGAAUUCUCAAGAAAAAAACAUAGGAUGCGAAAGCCAUGCCUGCCUGUUCCAAUUGCUUUAUACAUACCUGUUAUAUUAAUAUAAAUAUAUACAAAUGUAGAUAUGUCAUUACAUAUGAAAAUACAGAGGAGAUGAAAAAUUAGAUACUUUUACAGGGUGCUGGAGAAGAAAAUAUAUUUUUGGCAAUUUUAGCUUUUUAUACUUGCAGUUACAAAAAAUAAAAUAAAUAAAAAGGAAAAAAAUGAGUUCGGAAUGGUGGAGUCGAAGAUGCUUUGUAUCUCUGGAUAGUAUUGGCUAGAAAAAUAAUGACCAAAAUAGUCAUAUUGGGGAAUGUCACAAAAAUCAGUGGGAGUGGGGAAAGAGAGAAAGGAGAGAGAGGGAUGCAUGUAAGAGGGGAAACUCGAGAGACAAAGUGCCUUACUGAGGGUGGUUUUCCUUUUCCCCCCAAGUGUUACUGUUCUGUUGAGUAAUUUCCAGCACCGGCUAGGAAAGGCUCAGAGAGGUGUGUGUGUGUGUGUGUGUGUGUGUGUGUAUAUGUGUGCGUGUGUGUGUGCACGCGUGUGUGCACAUGAGCUCGCGUCAGCCCCCGACCGUCUACGAGUUUAUUCUAUGCAAACAGACGAGCUGUCGCCUGACCAGCUGACUAUGUGCCAUGGUUUGUCUUCCCAAGUUUGAGCUGUUUUCUCUUUUCUUCCUUUAUGUUUUUUUCUGAUCCCUUUUUCAGCCAUGCGAACAAUAUAUAGGGAGACAUUUUUUGUGUCGUUUUGGGUUUUGAUUGUUUAUUGUAUGUUUCUUUUUUUUUUUUUUUUUUGUCAUGAUGACUUGGAUGACGAUCUCUCGUUGUCUUUAUAUCUCUGGUUACUGUGACUAUGUCGAGAACAAACUGCCAAUAGCGAUGCAGAAGGCUGCCAGGUGUACAGGUGUAGUUUUAAAAAGGGGGGAGGGGGGUUAGUUAGUUUUCUUUUUUGGUCGGGGGGAUUGGCUUUGAUGGAAGGGGACGGAUACACAGGGAAUAGACUGGAUAAACCUGGUUGUUUCAUAUGCCGAUAACACUAAUUUGCUAUUUUUCAGAAUUUGUGCCGAACUAGCAUAUAAGCUGAAAGCAUUUUGUUUUAGUCUUUUUAUUAUUAUUAUUAAUUUGCUCUUUAAAGGAAGCAAUUAUAUGAUGCCGGUUCAAAUUAAGGUCUGCACUAGAUGAGCUGGUUAAUAGACAAAAGCAAUCCUAAAAGAGAUGGAAAUCAUAUGUUUUUAAAGCCAAUUUUUAACAGUGCCAAAUUUUCAGGGCAUUGUGCCCAUUUUUGUGACAAAGACUAUGGUAAUUUAGUAGCUAAGGCAUCUGACUCCUGACCAGCCCUGUUCUUGGUAUGUGGAACCACCAUGGGUGUAUGGUAGACCAGAAGACUGGAACGAUCAACUGUGUUCCCCCUGGCAGCAGCUUCUGUCCUGGCUUUGCUUUUUCUCUCUUUAUCCCCAAUCACUCGGUCUUUUACAUGCUGUUACACACAAAGGUCAAUGCAUAUGUUGUUCAGUGUUAGGUGUUCUAUUGAAAAAAUAUUGAAAUAAAAAUAUAUAACUAUAUAAAUAUUAAAAACAAAGAAAUGCAAUACGAGAAAGGAGCUUGAGAAGACAACUCAGAAUAUGACAGUAUUAUGAGAAUUUCCCUCUGCAAUGUUUCAACAUGCUGUGUCCUUGUACAAGGUUGGGUUAGUCCAUCUGAUGUGUAGAGAACUAAAGUACUCUUCUUGGCCUGCCUACUACAUGUAUAAUAAUGUAAUUUACAACCAUUGUUACAGGUUUAUAAUGUAUUUUUCUAACUUCAUUUUAUAUGUAUAUUAUAAAUCUUUUUUUCUGACUCCUCUUUUUUUGGAUGAAGCCCACUACAACUUUUUUUUUUUUUACACCCCCCUCCCCACCUCUUCUCUGUCCCUACCUCCUCUUCUCUUCCAGUGUUCUUCUCCAUCUCAGAGUCUGCCUCUUUGGGAGUUUUGCCUUUACUAGAAUUACUUUUUAUUGUUUGUUUUGUUUUCUUGCCAAUUCCUAGCUUGUUUAACUCAUUAGCAAUUUGAUUAGUUUUCCUUGUCAUAAGUAUUUUUACAUGCUUGCAUUUAGUUUUCAUGGUGUAUGCAUUAUUUUUUCUUAUUAACCCCUUGGCAUUUAUUUUAAUAAAACAUUCUUAGUAAGAAUUUUACUAACUUUUGCUGAAAUGUUUAUUUUUGUCUUGUGUUGUUAACCAAUUUAAUGAAUGUACUACCUUGGUCUGGAUCACGGACUAACACAAUUAAAACUGACCACCACUUUCAGAGACCACCACUUUCAGAAAUCACAUCACUAUAUACAGUUCUCUAACACACACACUCUCACUCACCCACUCACUCUCUCUCUCUCUCUCUCUCUCUCUCACACACACACACACACACACACAGUUUAACUGGAACGUGCACACUCACAAACACGCUGUCCUGUGUUGCCAGUCACACUCCUCAAUCUGAGGUUCAAACACUGCUGUCAUGUCUGUCUUGCUGCGCAUCACACACCCCUAUGCGGUGCUCCUGGUGUGUGUGAGUGUGUGUGUGCGAUGUGUGUGUUUGUUUGGAGAGGGGGCGUUCUGUUGUGCUGUCAGAGAAUCUGAGUGCUGCUUUAUAAAAAAAGAAAAAACAACUGGAAGAAAGAAGGGAGUCUGUUGGCUUUGAUCUGCCAAAGGGUGCAGUGCUUCUCAAUGCCAGGGUCUGCUGCCUCAAAUCCACUAGCAUCUGUCAGAUUCAUGAGCUUAAUACUCCCACUUUAGCCGGGGGGGGGGGGGGGGGUGGCAGGGAACAGGGAACAAACAGUGUUUUAAUACCAGUGCUGGUGGGACUAUAGGAACAAUGCCAGUAUCGUAUUGUAUUUUAUUGUUUUUCCAUGUCGUUUGGAACUGCAAGUUUUAGUUUGUGUUCAUUCAGCAUCCCACAAAGAAUACUUUUAGAAUAGUGAUCCAUUUUGUAGCUACCCUCUAGCAGCUGCUUUUGGACAGAAGUGCACACACUGACAGUCCUAAUCUAAAUUCUUAUUUGCUCUAUACUUAAGUAUAGAACACAUGGGCCACUGGACCCCUGGGCACAGACAGGCCCCUCUACCAACCUCAGAAAGUUGGUGUAUCAGCAAUGCUGGGAUGUCUGGGGGCAUGUGGCCCCCUACCCCCAUAAGAACAAUUUGAUAAAUGACCCCUUAAAUGGCGAGUUCUGGUGAGUUAUAUGGAAAUAAUUUAAUAAAUAUGCCCAUCAACAAAUGUAAGGCAACUUACUGCAAAAUUCACACUAUUUGUGAAUUACAACGCAUGAUUAUCACACAUAAUGUUACCUGUGUUAUUUGACAGACUGGCCCCAUUCAGAUGUCGGGUGAAUAACAUAACCCAUAGUAUAUGAUUGAGGGGCCCUAUUAAGACAUAUCACAUAACAUAAUCCGUGUUGUUUGACUGAGGGGCCCUAUUCAGGGGUGGAGAUCUUAAAAGUGACUUCAUGCAGAGGCUUGAGCUUCAAGGCCCCCUUGGCCUGGGCCCAUUAGGCCUACUGAGUAGAGCCCCGCUAGAGCAGUGUGGACAUCUGCCAUAGAGUUGCUGAUCAGGAAACAUAUUUUGGGUACAGUGUAUUUUGCGAGUGAACAGCUUUAUUUUCUUUUUGUGGCUGUAGACACACCGGCAUACCUAAUUUAUACUAAUCUUUCAGUUUUGUCCCCUUGGGUUUUGUCUUCGUUGUUUUUCUCCCCCUUGCAUUUUAAGCUUCUUCUCUGCACUAAUUACAGGUGUAAUGCAACUGACACACCAACCAAAAAAUAACUUUAUUAAUCUUUUUUAUUACUUUAACCCACUGAGUGGUCAGAUGCACUCCAUUAAAGAACAUUUUAUGCUCAAGUAAUCAAUUUACUGUUGUAUAUGUAAUUUCUAAAGCUAUUUGUGAAAAUACAAAAAACAUAAUAUUUUUACCCUCCACUUACCUUACUCUAUUUGAAUUUUUCAGACCUUUUUAGGCAUUUUUAUAUAAUCGAAUGUGAGGUGCUAGCUUUGUUUGCAUGGUUGUAUUAUUAUUAUUACUACUACUACUAUUACUACUACUACUACUGCUAUAACCAGUUGGCGCUGUGUCUCUGUGCUGCCAUGCUACCAAAAAACACAGAAGUGAUAAGUGCCUUUCCUGUAGGACAGAGCAGUUGUAUAUUUUACUUUUACUUCACAAAAGUGCCCAAUGAAGAUUUUGUUCAUGUCCCCAAACUGUCUUGAAAUGCACUGAAAGGAUCUGGCACACUGGAGAUAUUGUGACUUGCUGUUGCUCUUUCAACAUAACUGGAACAUUUUGACCAAUUUUUUAAUUUUUUUUUUAACUUCUUUCUAAAUGAUCAUGCAUUACCAUAAAAGUAAUGUGAAUUGAUGAUGAGGGAUCACACCCUUAAGUUUCAUGUGUCUAAUAUUCAACUCUUUGACUUGACCAGUAUAUGCCAAAAAUGGCUGCCAUUUCCCCACCUUAAAAAAUAUCAAGUGAAAAGUGGAUAAAACCAGCGGCAUGCGUUCCCAUCUCAAUAACAGGCCUCCACCUCUAAUAAACUUAGCCCUACCUGUCAACAUUCAUUCCUCACUGGACUGCUAAUAGAAGAGUUAACAGUCAGGGUGGUCUCUGCUUCAGGACUCGAGGGUUAAAAAAUUCUACCAAAACGUAAGACCUUUCAAAUCUCCCCAGGGGGUAUUUCGGUUUUGUUUGUGCCGUUGUUUAAUUUUGUUUCCCUUUGUUCAGUUUUUCCUUCUCUCUCUUUUACUGUUAGCAGUGAAACAGAGAGUAGGGGGAAAAGAGGACUGUUUGUCAAGUUCCUUGCCAUUGAGAUUAGAAUGCACAAUAUCUGAUUUUUUGUUGUGUGUGUCAGUGUUUUAAUUGGUUAUGUAGUAUGAUUUUUUUGUUGUUCUUGUUGUAACUUUGUUUGAUAUAUAAAAACACAGCUAGUAAAGCAUCUCAUGGUGAUGAUAUUGUCUACAUGAAUACAGCAUUACAAGAAAAAGAAGAAAAAAGUUAAUUGUCAUGUGUGCAAUAAAAUCAAACAUUUUUAAGAGG